GCUUUAGCACCAAUAUUCCAAAUUUCCCAAAAAUUUUCUUCCAUCUCAGCUCAGGCUCUCAAUGGCUAAAGUGUAUCCUCAAGUACCCACUUGUUCUCCCCACAUAACAUCAGAAAGAGAAAUAUUUACAAUAUGGAUGAAAUCUCUUGUGUGUCAUACAAAUGGUUGCACUGUCUUCAAUACAAAUGGUGAUAUUGUUUAUCGUGUUGAAAACUAUGACAAGAAAGGUAGCCAUGAAGUUCAUCUCAUGGAUCUCAGAGGCAAAGUACUUUCAACCAUUCGUGGAAAGAAGUUAGUAGCUUUCAGAGGUUGGAAUGGAUAUAGAUGCAGUAGUUCUAAUAUAAAAGAAGAGAAGCUAUGGUUUCAAGUUAAGAAAUACUACAGAAUGCUUAUGGGAGACUUAGCUUGUAAAGUUACUGUGGGCUAUGAUAAGUACUGGAUAGUUAGAAUGACUGGCAAAGCAGCGUUUAGAGUAGUAAAUAUUAAUGGAGAUAUAAUUGCAGAGGCAAAACCAAAGCAAUCAUCUGCAGGGGUACAGCUGGGAGAUGAUGUUCUAACUUUGUUGGUAGAGCCCCAUACAGAUCAUUCCCUUAUCAUGGCUUUGGUGAUUGUUUAUGGACUGAUUUGCCGUAAAAUGUAAAUAGUCUUCAUAACUGCAACAUUUUGAAGGCUAUCUGUCCUUUCACUAGCUAGUGAUUUAGUUCUUGUUAAUUUUGUCCCUUUUCUCUUAGGUAUCCUUUUAAUUAAGGAAAGUUUUGAUUCAAACGUGUGAUAGAGAGAGAGUAAAUGUAUAAAUGAGGAUAGUAUUGACCAUAUCUAUCAAUUUGUAUGAAUUCCUGCCAUCUUUAUCUGUUAGCAUCUUUAUCAUGUACA